AUGAUUAUUGUUAUGAUGAAGAGAGGGAGUACUAGUUAUUUUAGAUCGAAAAAUAAUUUCUUUAAUUUGGUGGUGGUUUUUGGUGCUAGUGGUGUUGGGUGUGGAUAUCACUGUUCAUAUGUCAAUGAUGAAAUAUGUGAUGAACCUUCUUUUUAUAGUUUAUCAUUCUACAUUGGAUAUAAUGAUAGUACAGUGGUUGAUGAUGAUGUUAGAACAGUAUCGAUUGCUGGUGGCGCAUGUAUGGAAACUUUAGAUAGAGAGCCACCAAUCGAUGUUUAUACAUUUCCCAAAAACAAUUUAUUUUACUACAGCGUUGAUGAGUACAUAGGAAAAUCAAUUGACCUAACCUAUCUGUCGGUGGCUUCACAACGAUACGGACUAACCAUACAAACCAACGUCACAAUCAACAUUGAACAAACUCAAAAUUAUUACAAAGUUAUAGUUGACCACAAAGAUAGUUCAUUUACUGCUAGACUUUCCUAA